AAAAUAUAAUAUAAACUUCAUUAUAUUUAUAUAAUCUAUUAAUUUAAAUAUUUAUUUAUUUUAUUUAAAAUUAUAAAAACUCACCCCAAAAAAAAUGAAAAUGAAAAAUAGUUUUUUAUUAUUUUUAUUUUUAUUUUUAAUAAAUUUAUACAUUGGAUAUUCUCAACAAAGUUGUACCGAAGAUUGGAAUUGUCCUAAUCAACCUUACCAAUUCUGUGCUCAUAAAUGGAUUGUCGAUGCUCGUUCUUUCGUUGUUGGCCGUGAUGACUUUAUUUAUUUUACAGCUAGAAGAAAUACCGAUAAUGGCCAAUAUGGUGCAUCCUAUUUAUUAAAGGUGCCAAAAUACAGCUCAUCAAAUAACCCACCAAUUACCAUAGUAUAUCAAAUUGAAGAUGAAAUUGCAAAUGGUCCAGUGUUUAAUCGUGUUAAUGGUGCCAUUGGUGCAAACUUAUUACCAGGAGGAAAAGUUUAUAUAGUUCAAGAUAUGUAUAGAUAUUUACCAUUGUAUGGUACUUAUAAUCCAACAACCAAGAAAUUUACAACAGCUUUCAAACAAAACCCAGAAAAUGGUAUCUUUGUCCAUGCCGCCGAAAAUAAACUCUAUAGAUGUGUCGAUAACAGAUUAGAAUCUCUUUCCCCAAUUCCAUUGGAUCUCAACGAUACCCCACAAUCUAUCAACUAUUAUAACACUAGCUACUGCAAUGGUUUAUGGAAGAAUGGAAACACUCUUUACUUUACUCAAAGAAUUUUCUCUGGUGGUCUUAGUGCUGUUGGUUUUUAUAUUGGUAAUACCGAUUGUCGUGAUUGUGCCAUUGGUAAAGAGUUGUUCUAUGUUAUGGAUAACGUAUUAGGAUUUGCAGCCAAUGAUAAGUUCUUUUUUUAUAGUACACAAAAUGGUCUUUUCAGAGUUCCAAUCAAUGGCGAUGUUUCCCAAAGAUAUAAAUUAUCGGAUAAUCCAAAUAUUAAAGGUAUUGGAUUAGAUAAUGAAGCUGUCUUUUAUGCUACCUCAACUGCAAUAGUUCGUAUCGAUUUAGAUGAUCAAUAUAUUACAUUAUUAUAUGAUUCCGCUGGCUCUCAAACUUUUGGUACUUGUAAAUGUAUUUCAGAAUUCACUGGUAGCUCAUGCACAAGCUGUAAUGGUACAAUUACAUGGUCAAAUGGUAAACCAACUUGUAAUCUAUUUUUAGCCGAUGGUACUGUUUCAUAUUGUGAACAAGAUUGGCAAUGCUUAAACUCUCCAUUCAAUUAUUGUAGUUCAAACGCAUGUAAAUGCAGAACAGGUUUCAGUGGCUCUCGUUGUGAAUUAUGUUCAUCAAAUAAUAUUACUUGGUCUGAUAGUGGCAUUCCAACCUGUAAUUUAUAUUACCAUGGAUAUACAACUUCAUAUUAAAAAAUUCUCUAAUAUAAAAUUUUUUAUAAUCAAAAUUUAUUAAUAAAACUUUAUAUUUAUUUAUUUUUGUGGUUUUCCACAAAC